AAACCACUCCGCUACCUCUUCAACCAACGCCAUGGACGCGUCGCUGGCUUCGUUCCACGCGCGUCUCGCCACAUUUGAGGAAGCAGCCGCGACCAGCAAAGGACGACGCACCAGCAGUAGAGGAAAGAAGGCAGUAGCGAAGCCAAAGGCUUCAUGGCCCCUCGAAGCACCCUCCGCACAAGAUUUGGCCUACGCCGGUUUUGUGUGGAAGCCCACGUCUACUAGCCCCGACAACGUCCAAUGCUUCAGCUGCGAGUGCCAGCUAGAUGGCUGGGAAGAAGCGGACAUCCCUGCUUUUGAGCAUGCAACACACUCCCCAAGCUGUGGCUUCGCAAUCAUCGCCUGUAUCCGCCUGCGUGCGGGCGACCCGGGCAGGACGGAGGAUGAUCCAACCUCUGAGGCCAUGGUAGCUGCGCGUCGCUCAACAUUUGGCGACAUGUGGCCGCUCGACGUCUCUGCUGGCUACCCGAGUGUCGACCAAAUGGUGGCUGCUGGCUGGUUCUACGACCCAUCAACAGAUACUCCUGACGGUGUGACCUGCCCAUACUGUUCUUUGGCACUGGAUGCAUGGGAUAUUGGCGAUGAUCCUAUGCAAGAGCACCGCCGACGAUCUCCCGACUGUCUCUUCUUCACACUCUCCGAACUCUACAAGCCUGCUCCGGCACCUAAGAAGACCAAGCGCACAUCCAAGGCCAAGCGUACCUCGACCCGCUCAUCCAUUGCCUCUACAGCUAGUAAGAGGGCUACGCGCAGCAAGAAACGAACGAGUGAGGCGGUUGAAGACAACACCGAACUGUCCGAAAUUAUCCAGCCUGCUCCGAAACGCAUACGAUCUGCCAGUAUUGAGAGUUUCCCGAGCGACCUUCCUGUUGGAACACCUAAGAAGACGCCGAACGGCAUCACAGACACUGUCAUGGACGAUUUUGACAUGUCCAGCUUGCCGGCAGACCUCGCAGUUGGGACACCUAAGAGGACUCCGCCUAUGAUGAGCGAGGCCGACGAUAUUCCGGAAUCGAUUGGGUGGAAGCCUGCCGAUAUUGACGCUGUGUUUACAUCGCAGGAUGAUACCCAUGGCUUCAUGAAUGAUAUUCUCAUUGAUGCUGGCCUCGACAACGUCCAGGCUUCGGAUCUGACUCCAGAACGUCUGUAUGAGCUGGUCAUGGACGGUCUCACGGACCAAGAGAAGCGCAUGACGAUUGAACAAUGGGUCCUGCACAACGCAAAGAGGGGCGAAGAGAAACUCCGCACGGCGUGUGAGCAACAGAUACUUGCGUUUGAAGCUGAAGGCCACCGGGCUAUGGCGGUCCUGGAGGGCAUUCCCACGGUCUGAUGUUACGCACGUUUCAAGAUGGCAGGAUUGGAGUACUUGGGAGUUUUGUUGUUGAGAUACCCCGGCAUCAACAUGGCGUUUGGCUU